AUGACAAAUAUUAACAUAUGGCCAAGAAGCACAACACCACCAAUUGAGCCACCUAAGAUUACUCCCAUGCCAGGAAGGCCAGGUAAAAAUAGAAAGAAAGCUAAGGAUGAAGCUGUUAAGAAGAAGUUUGGAAAAGCUACAAGAAAAGAAAGAAAGAUGACAUGUUCUGUGUGCAAGUGUAUUGGACACAACAAGAAAGAAUGUCCAACUUUGAAAAAAGAUUUCAGUAGUAGUUGUGACAGUCAACCAAGUGUGCAAGCCACCACUAGUACUGCAGCUGCUGCUGCUGUGAGAGAUGCAAAUGCUUCAGCAGCUGCUGAAGAGAUGCCUGUAAAUGCUAAAUCAAGCAACAGAAGGCCUGCAGGAAGGCCUUCAAAUGUUCACAGUGCACCAAGAUGUCCAGGAAGGCCUGGAAAUGCUCACAGUGCACCAACAACAGUGGGUGCUACUGCUACACAAUCUACAACUCAACAGUCUACUAGUGGUAUUGGUGCCCAAAAGAGAAAGACUAGUAAAACUUUGAGAGGUGGUGCAAAUCUGGCAUAUAAAAGAUCAAGGCAAAAGAAACAGGUUUUGGUGUGCUGUUUGGACCAAGUGGCAGUGUGGCAAAGAUGGUUUGAGGAUCCUCAUGUGAAAAGUCGAGAAGAAAUAACUCUUGAAGAAGAUUCAUUCACUUACAUUGGAACCACCAUUUUGAUUAAGAGUUCGUUUUUACAGGAUAGAGAGAACAACUUGUCUGAAUCCGGGGAAGCUUCCGGAUUUGGUGCUAGUUCUGAUUCUUCAAAUACAGAUGAUCACCCACCUCAAGAUACUUUGGAAAUUGAAACCAUACGUGAUGCUGUCCAUGAUCAUGGUUCCGAACAUGAUCCUUUAUGGACAGGUCAAUGGAAUGAUGUAAUGGGACCAGACAGAGGUUUGGAGGAACUGAUCCCGAAAGAAAAGGAACCUACAAGCCUAGUUGUAGAAGAGAUGGUGGAACGAGACGAACCACCUACUGCUACUUCAGCGGAGGCUCAAGAACUCAUCACUAAUCCACAAAUAUCUUUUGGGUACCAGUCACCAGAUUUAGUACUUCGAUCAACACCCCCUCCUGAGUUACCAAGAGCAAGGAGGAGAAGACGAAAGCUACUCAUUGAUGAUACUAUAGCACUGUUGACUGUUGAAACUGGAAGGCUCCUAGAUGAUGCUAGUGCAUUGAAACGGCGGAGAAAGAUUGCUCCUUCGACUUCUCUGGAAAUAUGGAAACUAAACAAGAGAUCUAAAAAAGACGGAAUGUUAUUUCAGCCAUUAAUAACUGGAUUAUGCGAUGAUCUCUGCAACAUCUAUAAGAAAAACUUCAUCUCGGCAAAAAUCAAGAUGGCUUCCUCAUCGGAGGAGGAGGAUCAUGCAGAACCCGGUGGUACUCCACCUGGGAAUGAUCUUGGAACUGCAAUCGAAAGUCUAUGUGAUACUCCACCCAUGGAAAUGCCUUCCCCAAGCAGAAGUGGUGAUUUUACUCCUUUGACAUGGUACAACGAGGGACUAGAUGUGGAAAAUACCAUUCUGCCUGAUAUUCCCGAGUUCGAUAGUCCUGCUGGGGACCUGAGUUUUCUGGAACAAGACGACAGGACUCCUAUUGUUGAGCAUGGGGGAACACCCGAUUUUGGCGCAUUACCUCGCAGAACAAGAUCUGUGGUUCAAUUUUUGCAAGGGAAGCUACCAGUAACCCCAAUCUCAGAAGAUACUGGAGAUCUUAGCCUAAAUACAAUUCUAGAAGGCAAAACCAAGAAAAUAUGCGCUCGAAUGUUUUAUGAGGCUCUGGUAUUGAAGAAUUGUGGACUUGUCAAUUUGAAUCAAAAUGAACCUUAUGGUGAUGUAACUCUGAAAGUUACGUCCAGACUGAAUGAACAAUUUUCAACCUGA